GCGGCCUACCUGGGGGCUGGGCGUGGCCGCGAGCUGCUCGGCUUCUGCGUGCUGUUCCUGAGCAUGGCUCCGCGCUUCUGGUCCUGGUGUCACCGGUCGGCGUGGCCUCGGAUCCGACCGCCUCUCGCCAGUAACAACACCCCGACCCUACGUUUCUACCAGCAGUUCUCCACGCAGGAGAAGACCCCCCAGAUCUGUGUGGUGGGCAGCGGCCCAGCUGGUUUCUAUACAGCCCAACACCUGCUAAAGCACCACCCCCAGGCCCGCGUGGACAUCUACGAGAAGCAGCCGGUGCCCUUUGGCCUCGUGCGCUUUGGCGUGGCCCCCGACCACCCCGAGGUGAAGAACGUCAUCCACACGUUCACCCAGACGGCCCGCUCUGACCGCUGCGCCUUCUGGGGCAACGUGGUCAUCGGCAAGGACGUGACGGUGCCCGAGUUACGGGAGGCCUACCACGCCGUGGUGCUGAGCUAUGGGGCGGAGGACCACCGGGCCCUGGGAAUCCCCGGUGAAGAGCUGCCGGGCGUGCUGUCCGCCCGGGCCUUCGUGGGCUGGUACAACGGGCUUCCUGAGAACCGGGAGCUGGUGCCGGACCUGAGCUGUGACACAGCUGUGAUUCUGGGGCAGGGGAAUGUGGCUCUGGACGUAGCCCGGAUCCUGCUGACCCCACCGGAGCACCUGGAGAAAACGGACAUCACGGAGGCUGCCUUGGGGGUGCUGAGGCAGAGUCAGGUGAAGACCGUGUGGAUAGUGGGCCGGCGAGGACCCCUACAAGUGGCCUUCACCAUCAAGGAGCUUCGGGAGAUGAUCCAGUUACCAGGAACCCGGCCCCUUCUGGAUCCCAAGGAUUUCUCGGGCCUCGGGGGCAGCGUGAAGGAGGUCCCGCGGCCCAGGAGGCGGCUGACGGAACUGCUCCUGCGCACGGCCACGGAGGAGCCGCGGGAGGGGGAGGCCGCCCGCCACGCUCGGGCCCCCCGGGCCUGGGGACUCCGCUUUUUCCGAAGCCCCCAGCGGGUGCUUCCUUCUCCAGACGGGCGACGGGCAGCAGGCAUCCGCUUGGCCAUCACCAGACUGGAAGAGGGUGGGGAGGCCGCCCGGGCAGUACCCACAGGAGACACGGAGGACCUCCCUUGUGGGCUCGUGCUGAGCAGCGUGGGCUAUAAGAGCCGCCCCAUCGACCCCAGUGUGCCCUUCGAUCCUACACUUGGCAUCAUCCCCAACACAGAGGGCCGGGUUGUGGAUGUGCCAGGCCUCUACUGCAGCGGCUGGGUGAAGAGGGGACCCACGGGCGUCAUUGCCACCACCAUGACUGACAGCUUCCUCACCAGCCAGCAGCUGCUGCAGGACCUGAAGGCCGGGCUGCUGCCCUCUGACCCCCGGCCGGGCUGGGCGGCCAUCCAGGCCCUGCUCAGGAGCCGAGGAGUCCGGCCAGUCUCCUUCUCAGACUGGGAGAAGCUGGAUGCCGAGGAGGUGUCCCGAGGCCAGAGCGCCGGGAAGCCAAGAGAGAAGCUGGUGGAUCCACGGGAGAUGUUGCGGCUGUUGGGACACUGAUCCUGGAUCCCGACCAGGUGGAUGGGACACUGAGCCUGGAUCCCAGCCAGGUCAAGGAAAGGAGAGGGGCUGGGGCCAGUGUGAGCCCCAUUCUACACCCCAGCCACUGCACUGCCGGCGGGGCCUGGGAUCGUGGCUGCUACGCUUUCCCAGGGGCUUCUGAGCAGGCGCUCCACAAGGUAGCCUCUGCCUCCAGAUGGAGCCUGGAGUGGAA